AUGAAGCGAAAAACUGGAACGUCCGCUUGUUUUGUACCGGCAGUUUUCUCUGGCUCUUUGGUGAGACUUAAAGUUCCACAUGGACAAUGUACUGAACGUGCUCUUUGGAACGCGUUUCUAGUGAACGUCGCGUUGGCGGAUCUAUUAGUGACGGGGCUCGUGAUACCUGUGUCGGUGAUCGUGAUACUGGCUGGCCAUGAAGAGUCGUUGAGCACAUGCCGAUUCGAAUGCACUCUGGAGGCCCUCUGCUUUCUGGUUACCGUACUAACGUUAACCACCAUUGCCGCCGAGAAUUAUACUCGUUUGUGUCUGCCUCACGAAAGAUACGGCGUGCUGACCCCAAGCCGCGUCACAGCGACGAUCAUAAGCGUCUGGCUGAUAUCCGCCAUGACAGUGGUGUUGCAAUCGUCCCUGGACGUAGGUCCCGACUUUUGCCGGCGACGUUUCACCGGUAUAGCGAUGGAGCAGAUAAUAGGCGCCACGUUCCUAGUAGGGUUGCCAACCUUGACGACCAUAUUCCUCUACGUGAAGCUCGUGAUCCGCGUCCGCCACGCCACAAGGGGCUCGUACAAGCCACCUAUCGCAUUCUCCUGGGACUACGAGCUCGCCAAGGCCAACAUAUACAGCUGCGUCAUGUUUGUCGUGUUCUGGCUACCUUUCGGCAUAGUCGUGUGCCUCAACUCGUUCAAACCGAUAAGCCCACGUGUCCUGUACAACCUGGCCUGGUUCGCCCUCUCCAAAUCCUGUUUCAACAAUCUGAUCUAUUGCGUGGCGGACAGGCACUUCAGAAGCGCGUACGUCAAGCUUUUCCAUUAUUGCUGCUGCAAAACAACGGUGAGUUUUUCGAGGAGGACGCGCGGAGAGGGGGGCCGGAACACUAGCGACGUGCGCCUCAGAGUUCACAUUAUACACUCGUACGCGAGUCCUGGCUCUUGUCGGCCACCUGUCGGCAGGCCUAACGGCCGUGACGUUUACGAGCUUUGAAUUCGACGAAGUCACGACGUGUUUGGGACAUGGAUGUAUCUUA